CUAAACGGGGUACCGCAGAAGGCGGGCUCGAUGAGCGACCCGGUGCGUCACCGGCGUCUCCGUCUCGGCGCAGCGGAGCGCGCGUUCCCUAUUCCCGUGCAAGUUCUCGCGGGAGGCGCCGCUGUCUGCCCCCCUUAGUGAGGACACUAGUCCCGAGGCGUAGUUGCUGGCCAAGUCACUCAGCGGUUGGGGUCGACCCAGCCGUUGGAGUGCGAUACGCCCGGGCCGCGCGGCGUUUCUGGGACCUACGCCGGCCUGGAGGCUAUUGUGCGCUCCGGCCCGGCCCGUGGGUCCAAGGGCCGCUGGACGCGCGGAAAGGAAGUCUCAUGCUCCAGGAAAUGGCCUGAUAUGAAGGAGUCACACCUCCAGCCUUCCCUGUGGGUGCCUUGUCCUUUGGGUGCAGGAGCUGGCUGAAACAUCAGGAAUGGAAGCCAAUGUGACUAUCCCAAUCUGGCAGAACAAGCCACAUGGGGCUGCUCGCAGUGUGGUAAGAAGAAUUGGGACCAAUCUGCCCCUGAAACCUUGUCCACGGGCAUCCUUUGAGACCCUGCCCAACAUCUCUGACCUGUGUUUGAAAGAUGUGCCUCCAGUCCCGACUCUGGCUGACAUUGCCUGGAUCGCCGCAGAUGAAGAGGAGACAUAUGCUCGGGUCAGGAGCGAUACACGCCCUCUGAGACAUACCUGGAAGCCCAGCCCUCUGAUUGUCAUGCAACGGAAUGCCUCAGUGCCCAAUCUGCGUGGGUCUGAGGAGAGGCUCCUGGCCCUGAAGAAGCCAGCCCUGCCUGCCCUAAGCCGCACCACUGAGCUGCAGGAUGAACUAAGCCACCUGCGCAGCCAGAUUGCUAAAAUAGUGGCAGCAGAUGCAGCUGCGGCCUCAUUAACGCCAGAUUUCUUAUCUUCAGGAAGUUCAAAUGUCUCCUCUCCUUUGCCUUGCUUUGGAUCCUCAUUCCACUCUACAACUUCCUUUGUCAUUAGUGACAUCACUGAGGAGACUGAGGUUGAGGUCCCCGAGCUUCCAACAAUCCCCCUGCUUUGUUCUGCCAGCCCUGAAUGUUGCAAAUCAGAACACAAAACUACCUGCAGCUCGUCUGAGGAGGAUGACUGCAUCUCUCUGUCCAAGGCCAGCAGCUUUGCAGACAUGAUGGGCAUCCUGAAGGAUUUUCAUCGGAUAAAACAGAGCCAAGACCUGAGCCGGAGUUUACUGAAGGAAGAAGACCCUGCUGUCCUUAUCUCUGAGGUCCUUAGGAGGAAGUUUGCCCUGAAGGAAGAAGACAUCAGUAGAAAAGGAAACUGACAGCACUGACUGCAAACUCUUCUCUUGCUCCUGAACUCCUUCAAUAGCUGCCUUCCUCACUGCGGAUGUCUGUCUCAGUUGAGAUCUGAACAGUCUUGCUGACUAGGGCUUGGGCUGGAAGAGAAGAGCUGGAUUAUGUGUUACCUGCACUUAAACCUUGGCAGAGUCUAAGGUCUAUGGUUUUUGGAGAUGUGACAUUUGUUACAGGUAAUUGGGUAGAGUGGAGUAUCUCUGCUUAAGGCGUGAAGUUUGUUUUUUCUUGUCUCUGAAAAAUAAGCCCUCUAUGAAUGACUUAAUUAACUCACUGCAUUAGACUCCAUAAUUGGUCUCACUGGACAUGUUGUGCACAGCGGUCACUCUCAGCAGCUUCCCUGCAGCACCACGGGGCUGAGGGGGAGUGGCUGUUAGUUCAUGCUCACAGGAAGGUCUUCUGCUGCUCCAUCACAGACAUACACCAGUGCCCACAGUCACCCUUUCCCUCUAGCUGCAGAGGUCAGGCCACUGGGCCAGCCAAUAUCUGGGCUGCUGCAGGGAGGCCUGGCCUGUUUUUUCUUAAACAUUUUAUAAAACUACAACCUGAUCUACCCUCCAGGGCCUCAUUAGUUCCACUGAUUGAAUUUUUUUUCUUCCAUGGACUUACUAAGUCCAUCUUGGAAGGAGAAAUGUGGAGACAAAAAGAGCAUACCAUCCUUCUUCUAGGACAGUGACUGAUCUCUCUAGGUUGGGCCAAGAUUUUAUUUACUGCAUCAUGCAUGACUCAGGUGCCCUCAGGGCCCUUUUCUCUAUGGUAUGAAUACUGUGUGUUUUGAGUUGAAGCAUUACCUGAUAUUAAAUGAAGGAUUUGGAGAAA